UCAGGUUCAGGUCAUUUCCCAAUCGGGUGGUGAUUGCGUCAGCACCACAAUAGCUAAGGUUGAAGCCGUGAAUCGAAUCUUCCGGUUGAGUUUCGCAAUCGAAUCUCAAUGGAAGAUUUAUUUUCGGAAGAGGAACUAUUCUGCGACCACAUAUGGCCUGAAGAUUACUUUUUCACUAAACGUUACUCAAGACGUAGAGAAGAUACGAUUAGCAAGUUACCAGAUUCUCUGCUUUCUCAGAUACUCUCCCAUCUCCCGACAACGAAGGAAGCUGUCCGAACCAGCGUUCUCUCCAAACGGUGGAAAAGUCUCUACCUUUUGAUCCCCUCCUUGGUUCUGAACGCCAACGAGUUCCCGAAUCACAACUCCUUCGUUAGUUUUAUCGAUAAGUUCAUAGCUUUCUCUAAAGAACAAAACUCGAUCUUGCACAAGCUCAAGCUAAGUGUUAAGAAGAACGUGAACGAUCCUCCGUGCGUCACGCGGUGGUUAGACUCUGCGUCUUCGUCCAAACUUAAUAACCUCGAUGUCGAGUGUCUUGUGAACCGUAAGUUUCUAGAAGCGAUUCCGCAGAGUCUUUACGUAUGCGACACACUAGUAUACCUAAGACUCCACCGAGUCUCUUUAUGUGAGUUUGUUGACUCUGUGUCUUUACCUUGUCUCAAGACCUUGCGGUUAGAACACAAUGUAUACGCCAAUGAUGUGACACUAGAGUCGUUUAUCUCGUCUUCCCCUGUUCUUGAGGAUCUGAGCAUUGUUAGAAUGGUACCGGAUAACAUAAAGUUUCUACGAGUGUGCUCUAAGACGUUGACUAGUCUUCAUAUAGACUAUUUGUUUGGUGAAGACGAUGACUUUGACGAUGAGGGGUUCACGAGAGAUGGCACAGGGGUUUUCAUCGAUGCCCCGAGACUCGAGUACUUGAAAUUUGAAGAUGAUUUAUCUGAUAGUAAAGUCAUUACAAAUUCAAGGUCCUUAGCCAAGGUCAACAUUGUUUUCGUCUUCAGUGAGAAUGAUACUGCUGAUGUAAUCGACUUACCAAAGCGAGAUAUGAUCCGUAACUUCUUUACUAGCAUCUCAGGUGUUACUGAUAUGAAGCUCUCUUCUCAUAUUCUGGAGUUUCUACAUUACAACAAUGAGUUCGACCCAAUGGUACUCCCCCAGUUUUGCAACCUUUCUCGUUUAAAACUGAAGGUUUCUAAGUCAUGUCUGAAAAUGCUGCCAACCCUUCUUGAGAGAUGUCCGAAUCUAAACUCACUCGGCUUGGUGCUGGAUUUUUAUAAAUCGAAUGGGAAAGCACGGAAGAUAAGAGCUUCAUCGGUACCUCGGUGUUUGCAGUCGUCACUAGAGAAUGUGGAGAUAAAACGUUUCAAUGGAGAGGCUGCUAGAAUGGAAGUAGCAAGGUACUUUGUGGAGAACUCACUGGUGCUUAAAAAGCUUGUUCUGGAUAUUGGAUGCUCCACCAUGGAAAAAGGGUUUUACAUCACAGAACAGGGGUUUUCCAUGUUCAGGGAUCUCCUUGCGUUGCCCAGGCCAUCAAGCGCGUGUCAGAUCCUACUUAAAUGAUUAAGACUCUAGAGUUAGCAUUCUCAAGCUGGUUUGUUAGAACUGCAUUUGGAUUCUUGGUUUUGUAUAUCUUUUGUUGUUGAAGUUUCUAUUAUGAUGGCUUUGUGGGCUUUUUGGUCACUAGUUAUGGAUGAUGCUUGAGAAUUCUAUAACUACACAGCUUUUGUUU